CAGGUCAGGUGUGUGUUUUUUGUUUGUGUUGGUGUUUGUGAGUCAGAGUGAGGUGACUGCAAACAGAGAUGAAACGAGAGAGCAGAGAGAACACAGAGAGAGAAGGGAGAUUCUUUGUCUGUCAAGCUGAUUGUUGUUAAUGACAGAAAGAAUGAGGAAACUUUGCCUCUUUUUCCUUGUUUUUGUUCUCUGUUUGAGAGGUACUCUCCAGAAAACAGGCUCUGUCAUUGCAGUGCCAAGAACAUUUCUCGGGGAGUCAGUAAUUCCAAUCUUGUUUGUCCUUAAUGGGACACAGGCUCCCAAUACAUCUCAAUCCCCUCCAGCACUGCAGUCCCUAAGCAACAGCACAGUGAGGUUCCUCGACGGGCCCCUGAGCACCCGGGUCAUCCCCAUCAUUUACACGUUGGUCAUCAUUGUCGGGAUCCCGGCCAAUGUCGCCAUCUUGGGCAUGCUGGCCACCAAAAUCAGGAAGGUGUCCUCUGCCAUACUCUACUUCAGCCUGGCCGUCUCCGACAUCUUCCUCCUGUUCUCCCUCCUCUUCAAGGCUCACUACCAUUUCCAUGGAAACCACUGGGUGCUCGGGGAGGCUGCGUGUCGGGUGGUCACGGCCUGUUUCUAUGGCAACCUCUACUGCUCGGCUCAGACGUUGGCCUGCAUCAGCAUCAAGCGCUACCUGGCCGUGGUGCACCCGUUCAUGUACAAAAGCCUCCCUAAAAGGGCGGGCACUGCGUGGGUCACCGUGGCAGUGUGGGGGGUGUUCGGGGCCGCCGAGGAUAGUUAUUAUUUUUCUUCACCUCUUUACGACAGUAAGUCUUGUAGAAUUGUUCCUAUUUUUGAGUUGAACUCUUCAUGUGAUGCUCAUUAAUACUUGAAAUGUCUGACAAGUAACAACAUGAAACAAACAACCUGAUCUAAUAGGCCUACGUGGUGGAAACACCGAAUCUGCUAAAUUACUUGUCGGCACCACGGAAACAAUCCUAAUGUUAAGUGAAUUAGGAUCCUGAUUAAAACCCACAACAACAGAGAAGAUGGUCAUAACAAGACCCAGUGGUCUAGUUUAUAAACACAAAAUAACAACGAUAACAAUAUAAACUUUAUUUUGAAAUGAAAAGAAACCACUGUCCGACAACAAUAAAAAAUAAACAAGUAAAAAUAAUAAUUGUGACGCUAAAGGGCUUCCCAGUGCGUUUGAAAGUAAGGCCAAUAAGGGAUCUUAACUGACAACUCCGAGACCGGAAAUACUGUUUUCAGGCUGUGAGAGUUGACGAUAACGUGACAUGGACGGUUGUCACUGGAAAUGAAUGGGAGAGCGUUUGCUUGUCACAUCCGGGUAUUUCUCCACUUGUGGGCCGUGUUAACAAUAGCAUGUAACUCUCACGUUUUGAGGGGUCGAAACGUCUCAUCUUCACUUGCCGUGAUACUGGGUUGUAAUAAAGACGAUAUAGAGAGAGCAUAAUGUAUUAAAUGCAACGCAGUCUCGCAUCAUAUGCUUCAGCAGAGAACGGGCCAUAGUCGUUGAAUUUCAACGCAACGGGAAGCAUUCCCUCGCAAUCUCAAGUCGUCUACUAAUGACGUUUAGGGAGCUCUAUAGAAGUCUAUGGGACUACCCUGCAAGUUGGAAAUAGACAAUAAGGGCUUGCCAUACCAAUUUCGCUUGAAUUCCUCUUGCUACAGCCAAACGAAAUGUAAUUUUUCUGCAACUUAGAACAUCUCUGUAUAUUCAGAGAUGUUUUCAAGUAUUUAUUCAUAAAUGCUUUGUUUAUCUUAUCUUUGAAUAAUUAACCUCCCUCCACCAAUUAUAUAUUCCUGCCCAGCCUGUAACAGGAUGUAGAAUGAUGCACACAAACCACCAGCACAUACACUUGUCUAAUUAACAUACAGUUAAAAUAUAUAUAACUUGGAAAUAACGUGACUUCUCCUAAUCGAAAUAUAUAUAAAGUCUGUGGCUUGAAUCUAAAUGAGAAGAAGGAAUCCUUAAUCGUCCCACGGAGGGGAAAUUGACAUUCUGUAUGUCAAUUUCAGUAUGUCCAGAACUCAGCUGCCAGGGUGUUAACGCACACCAAGCCCUGGCAGCACAUCACCCCCAUCCUCAAGAAACUCCAUUGGCUGCCAAUCAAACAAAGGAUCUGCUACAAAAUCCUCAUCCUCAUCUACAAAUCACUUCACUCAUUGGCACCCCAGUACAUCACCGACCUCCUCCAGCCGUACUCCCAGUCACGGUCCCUGCGCUCCACCAGCAAGGACUUACUCUCCACUCCUCGCACCAGACUCAGAACCUAUGGCGAUAGGGCUUUCUGUGUACUUGCCCCUACCCUCUGGAACACUCUGCCCCCUCAUAUCCGUUCUGCCACGUCUCUUACACCGUUCCAAAAGCACCUCAAAACACACCUCUUCUCUCUUGCCUAUCCUCCCUAACUACCUCCCUCCUCCCACUUUGUGAAGCGACCUUGGGUAUUAUGAAAGGCGCUAUAUAAAUUCAAGUCAUUAUUAUUAUUAUUAUUAUUAUUAUU